AGGUUCUGUUGGGUUACGUGACGCGGCUCGGUUCCAGGUCCGGUUCAGGGACACGACAUUUUCACAGCAGGACCUGACCCAGGUUUAGGAUGUAUUUUAUCACGAGUUGAAAUCUGACCUGAAGAACUGGGAUCUCUUUGUGUCAACAGAUUUUUCUCUCUGAAUUUUCAUUAUAAGUCUGAGACGACUGAAGGAUGGACACAGAGGUCAAUCAGCCUGAGGUCGUCUCUCCUGUGAGACGAAGGUCAAGAGUUCAGCAGCAAGACUCAGUGGAAAGCUCCCUGUCGGUAAAGGAACCGGUUCCCAUCCCUCCCGAUCUGGCCCAACGGAUCAAGCUGCGGGCCAAGGAGCUGAAGAUCCGGCAGAAGGACCGCUCCUGGGCCGCCGAGGUGGUCAACGACUUCAGGGAGAACCUGCUGAGGUUCCUGAAGAACAACAGCGACCAGCUGCUGUUCCAGUCGGCCAACUUCCUCACCACAGGAAGCUACUUUGAGAAGGUCAAGAUCGGCAUCCCUGAUGAGUUCGACAUGAUGCUGAAGCUUCUGGUUCCCUCUCGCUUCAACAUCACCACGCUGGACGCCGGCCUGUUCUACCGCAUCGACCUGACCCGCCCCACGCGCAACCCCAUCAAGGACUUCCUGCUGGACGACAGGCUCACCCUGUCGUCCAGUAAAAUCCUGACGGAGAUGUUCCGUCUCGUCCGCAAGUUCCUGAAGACCUACAGAGUCCCGGAUCAUCGCUGCCGGUGGGAGUUGAACAGGAAGAAGCCCAACUCUCCCGCCGUCACUCUGUCUCUGUGCCGGAGAGACAGCGGCGGGGAGGAGCUGAUUUCUGUGGACGUCGUUCCAGCUCUGGAGGUCCAGAGUUGGCCCCCUGCGGUGAGAAACGGCCCAGAUGUGGACAGAUGGCUGGGAACGAAGUUUUGCCAGGAAAUCAGGAGCUUACCUUGUUACUUUGUUCCAAAAAGACAGAAAGGACGGAAACUGAGUGAAGACGCCAAAGAAAGCUGGAGGAUUUCUUUCUCUCACGUUGAGAAGAAAAUCAUCACGUCUCACGGCAACAAGAAGACCUGCUGUGAGAGCGGAGGCACCAAAUGCUGCCGCAAACAGUGCCUCAUGCUGCUGAAGUCUCUCAUUGAGGGUCUGAAACGGCGCUAUCCCAAAGAGCUGGAGGACCUGUGCUCGUAUCACGGCAAGACGGCCUUCCUGCGCACUCUGUCCACCAGGUAUGAUGAUUCCUACUGGGCUCCUCAGCAGCUUCCUUCCUGCUUCCUGCAGCUGGUUGCUGCGCUACAGAAACACGCUCGCACAGGCUCGCUCCCUCACUUCUUUGUUCAGGAGAGCAACCUCUUCGCAACGUCCAUGUUUCCUCGCAGAGCUCAGGAGUUCCUAGUCAAAGUCCUAGAGGAGCAGAUGAAGGAAGGUCUGCCGCUGCUGCGGCCUCCGUCUCUUCUUCCUUCUCUGAAACCAGUCACCAUCGGAACCGAAAUGAACCCAGAAGAACUUCCUGAAAAAUCCCACCCACUGAUUUCUUCUGAUUGGCUGAUGCUCAUCCUGGUGUUUGUUGUAGCUGUGGUCUUUGGUUUUAAGUUCCUCUGUUUUUAACUAGGCCACUGGUGUCCAAAGUCAGUCAUCGGGUCACUAUGCAGGUUCAACACACCAGAAUCUAACGAUGGUUCAUCAGCUGAACUUUAUGACGCUCUGAGGAGUGAGUUGGAGCAUUUCAAUCAGCUGUGUUGAAACAAAAAAACCAUAGAAAAUUAGCUGCAUCUCCAUUAAUUAUAAAAUUGAGCAAAUUGGAAUUACGAAAGUGAAUUUGUUUAAUGGAAACAUGUCAAUUUUGAAAAACCUGAAAUGGGUUUUUGCUUGAGGUGGUUCCUCACCUCAACUAAGUAUUGAAAUUUGUAUAUUUCGCAAAACUGUAGUCGAAAUGCUUCUUUUUCUGGAUCACACGAGUCACAUGAUCAACAACAGGAUGUUAUUACUGGCGGAAACGACAAAGAAGACAACAGGAAGUAGUGGGAGGAUGACCUUUUAAUAAAU